CUUCUCAAAGUGCGGUCCACGGACCACUGGUGGUCCGUGAGCGCCCCCUAGUGAGAGACAAUCAGUGCUGAUCAGCAGCAGCUGCUGGAGGUUUCCCUCCUUUAAAGCUGGCUGGUGCUCAGGCAACACUCUCUUGGAAAACUGCAGGGAUGGCAGCUGUUUGGAUGCUCGUCUGCAUGCUGACUGUUUGUCUGGCCAGAGAUCUGUCUCCCAAUGAGAUCUCCUUAAAGAAAGCCGUUAAACUUUUCCGGUCGAUGGAGUCCAUGUUGGAGCGAGACGCUGGCGAAGUUCAACUGGAGACCAACGAAGUGGAAGCUGAGGCGUCACGUCACCAGAAAGUUCGCCACGACUGGAUCAACGAGACGGAUAACGUUCGCCACGACAUGAUCAACGAGACGGAUAACGUUCACCACGACAUGAUCAACGAGACGGAUAACGUUCGCCACGACAUGAUCAACGAGACGGAGAACGUUCGCCACGACGGGGUCAACGAGACGGAAAACGUUAAAUACAACGGGGUCAACGAGACGGAUAACGUUCGCCACGACGGGAUCAACGAGACGGAUAACGUUCGCCACGACGGGGUCAACGAGACGGAUAACGUUCGCCACGACGGGGUCAACGAGACGGAUAACGUUCGUCACGAGGGGUAUAACGAGACGGAAAACGUUCGCUACGACGGGAUAAACGAGACGGAAAACGUUCGCUACGACGGGGUCAACGAGACGGAUAACGUUCGCCACGACGGGGUCAACGAGACGGAUAACGUUCGCCACGACGGGGUCAACGAGACGGAUAACGGUCGCCACGACGGGGUCAACGAGACGGAUAACGUUCGUCACGACGGGUAUAACGAGACGGAGAACGUUCGCCACGACGGGAUAAACGAGACGGAAAACGUUCGCCACGACGGGGUCAACGAGACGGAUGACGUUCGCCACGACGGGGUCAACGAGACGGAUAACGUUCGCCACGACGGGGUCAACGAGACGGAUAACGGUCGCCACGACGGGGUCAACGAGACGGAAAACGUUAAAUACGACGCGGUCAACGAGACGGAUAAUGUUCGCCACGACGGGGUCAACGAGACGGAUAACGUUCGCCACGACGGGAUCAACGAGACGGAUAACGUUCGCCACGACGGGGUCAACGAGACGGAUAACGUUCGCCACGACGGGGUCAACGAGACGGAUAACGUUCGCCACGACGGGUAUAACGAGACAGAUAAAGUUCGCUACGACGGGGUCAACGAGACGGAUAACGUUCGCCACGACGGGGUCAACGAGACGGAUAACGUUCGCCACGACUGGGUCAACGAGACGGAUAACGUUCGCCACGACGGGGUCAACGAGACCGAUAAAGUUCGCCACGAUGGGGUCAACGAGACGGAUAACGUUCGCCACGACGGGGUCAACGAGACGGAUAACGUUCGCCACGACGGGGUCAACGAGACGGCGAUCAUCAAGCUUUUAUCUUUGCCAUAA